UCGAAUAUUGUUAUCGAUAGGCUAGUUAGUAUUUUUAAGAAGUCCGAAUGAGGAAGGAUUUGUAAGCCCAUAUGUGUCUGGGCACAUUGUUUUUCGCCAUUGUAAAUUGCCGGAAAAUUAAGCUUUCAUUGUCGUUUAAGAGUUGGAGGACACACUGCGAAUAAAACGUGUUCUACUACCACGGAUUAGUCUGCCCUUUCUUUCGGGAACCAAUGCGUGGGGUAGCCGUUUAAGGCAACUCCAUGUGACGAACGACGACAGCCUUUUAUUCGCAAUCCUAGGGCGACUGCAGGGGCAACUUGCGCUGGAAAGACGGUUUAGACGGCCAGCUAGAGAGUUGCCGGAGCUGGAGUGACGGUUUAGACGGCCAGCAAGGAGGAUUUGUGUGAGCGCAGCCAGCGCUACGUACCGGCAGAGGAGUCGCAGCCAACGACAUAGAGGGACGCAGCCAGCGUCGAACGCCGAUGCGAACGGGUCGCAGCCAGCGACAAGGAGACGCAAGAAGCGUCAUUUGUGGAGACCGCAGCCAGCGGUCAGAAGGCGCAAAAGAGCGCCAAGCAUCCGUGGCCGCAGCCAGCGGCACGAGGCGUCAGAGACGCCAUUUUGGACGCGUAGAGGCGCCGCCAUUUUGGACGCGCAGAGGCGCCGCCAUAUUGGACGCGCAGAGGCGCCGCCAUUUUGGAGCUGGGAAAGAUGCAGCAUUCCCCCAGGAAGAGUGCCCGGCUGAACAGAGGAGAAGCCACCCCUAUAACAACAGUGAGUCAGCAGCCAGCCAGUAGUGGAGCAGAAACUCGGACGCGGGUGAACAUCACGGCGGCGUCGAUUCCUUGCCCGGCCACUACGGUGACUACAGUAGCCUCCCAACCUAGAAGUACUGCUGUCACAGCUGCGAGUUCAGUACUGGAAGUGAACCAGCCCCUCGCGUUGGAACUCAUGGAGAGGAUCGCAGCGUUGGAGAGGGAGCUGGAGAAGGCUAGAUCCCUGGAAAGUGUGAGCACCGCCAAUUGCGCGCCAAUCGCAGUUGGCGCCAACAGUGGAGCGUCGGGGCGGCCGCCAUUUUGGAGCGACCAGCCAAUACCCACAUCUAACGGAGAGGCCUUACAUAACGGGGUCGGGUCGGUGCCAUACAACGGUGACGGUGCGAGCGGUGCGGCAUGCACGCUGCCGCCAUCUUCGAGUGGACCGCCAUUGCUAACUACUAGCAACUAUUUUGUGGAGCCGCUGUGUGCAACAGGCAUUGCGCAGCCAGCGCAUGGACUCGUGCUACCGAGCGUGAGCAUCCACAAUGCGACAACAGCACUUGUCGGAUCCUACGCCGCGACGACGCCGAGUGGAAUCCAGGGAGCAUAUGGGCCAAGGAAGCUUCCGGACUUGCCUAUAUUUGGAGGGCAGCCAGAGGAGUGGCCGAUCUUCAGCUGUGCGUUCGUGGAGACGACCCGAGCGUACAACUGCACGGACCUGGAGAACAACCAGAGGUUGUUGAAGGCGCUGAAGAAUGAAGCGCGCGAGGCAGUGAAGGCGCUAUUGAUUCAUCCAGGAAAUGUCAGCGCCGUGAUGGAGCAGCUGGGCUUUAGGUUCGGACGACCGGAGCAGCUUAUACGCAGCCAGCUCAACAACGUGCGAGAGGUGCAGCCAAUUUCGGAGCACAAUUUGGCGAAGAUCAUUCCCUUCGCAACCCGAGUGAGUAACCUCGCGGCUUUCUUGCAGUCAGCGAAGGCGGAGCAGCACCUGGGGAACCCAACCCUCAUGGAGGAGCUUGUGGCCAAGCUGCCAAUGAGCAAGCGAGUGGACUGGGCCAGGCAUGCUGCAACGAUUGCGCCCUUUCCCACUGUAGUCCACUUCAGCGCGUGGCUACAGGAGUACGCAAACGUGGUGUGCACGGUUUUGGACGUCGAGGGAAAGGAGCCGAGGCGUCGACUUCUACAUGCAAGCGUCAACCAUAAUGAAUGCGAUCAACAGAAUGAUCGGCAUGGAGGUUGUCCCAUCUGUGGAGGACAGCAUGGAAUAUUAAACUGCAGAGAAUUUAUUGGAGCCUCGCCACAGGAAAGGUGGAGCAAUGUGAAGAGGCAUCGGCUCUGCUUCAAAUGCCUGCGAAGCGGGCACACGGCUAGAUCCUGCUAUACGCAAGGUGAGUGCCAGAUUAAUGGAUGCCGAAGGGAGCAUCACCGUCUGCUACAUGGUGCGGACGAGGAGCGAAGGCCGCUGCAGCAAGGUGGCUUCAGACGCCACGAAGGGAACCAGCAGCCAGCAGUUUCCAGACGCAGCCCAGCCAGGGACCAGGAGAGGAACCAGCAGCCAGCAGUUUCCAGACGCAGCCCGGCCAGGGACCAGGAGAGGAACCGGCAGCCAGCCGCUCCCAGCAACAGCCUGGAGAGAGGAGCUCCGCGUGAAGCGGGAACGCCCAUGCAGAGGAAUUUGAGCUGCGUUGACGCCGAAGGAGGCCGUCUACUGUUCCGUAUACUGCCGGUUACGCUGUACGGAGCGGGGCGAGAGGUGGAUACGUAUGCGCUCCUAGAUGAGGGUUCCUCCGUCACGAUGAUCGAUGACGAGCUACGAAAGGAUCUUGGAGUGCAAGGAGAGCGUCGGCAGCUAAAUAUCCAAUGGUUUGGAGGUAAGGCAACCAGAGAGCCUACCAACGUGGUGAGUCUGAAGAUAAGUGGAGUUGGAAAGCCCACUCGCCAUGUAUUGAAAAACGUUUAUGCCGUUUCGAAUUUGAGUUUGCCGAUGCAGACAUUGAGCCGACGAGAUGUCCAGGGCGUGCACAGGGAUGCGCGUCUGCCGAUGAAGCCUUACAGCAACGUGGCGCCGAAGCUGCUCAUCGGCCUGGAUCACGGACAUCUGGGGUUGCCAUUUAGGACGAGGCGGUUCGCUCGAGAGGGACCGUAUGCGGCCGCAACCGAGCUGGGCUGGGUUGUGUUUGGGCCUGUAAGUGGGCAACCGACCACGCCGUCACCGAGGUCCUGCCUACUUGCCGUGUCAGUGGAUGACGCGAUGGAAAAGAUGGUGGAGGACUACUUCGACAUGGAGAACUUUGGAGUGAAGCACGCGCCGCCGGUCGCAGCCAGCGACGAUGUUCGGGCCCAAAGGAUACUCGAAGACACCACGGUGAAAGUGGGGCGUCGCUACCAGACGGGAUUACUCUGGAAGGACGACCACGUUGUGCUGCCACAGAGCUAUGAGAUGGCGUACAGGAGGCUGGUCAACGUCGAGAAGAAGAUGAAGCGCAACAAGCCGUUGGCGCAGGAAUACGAUCGGAUUAUAAAGGAUUACGUAUCUAAAGGAUACGCGAGGAGGCUGCAGCCGGAGGAGGUCGCGGUAAGGAGCGAUCGCCUAUGGUAUUUGCCACAUUUUGGUGUCGAAAACCCAAACAAGCCCGGCAAGGUACGGCUUGUGUUUGAUGCUGCAGCCAAAGUUGGAGGAACCUCGCUAAAUUCGGAGCUGGACAAAGGGCCUCAGCACUAUAAGCCUUUGCCGGCUGUGCUCUUUCAUUUCAGAGAGGGAGCCGUCGGAGUCUGCGGUGACAUCAAGGAGAUGUUCCACCAAGUGCUGAUCCGACCCGAGGAUAGAUGUUCCCAACGAUUCCUCUGGAGAGAUGGCGACGACGAGAGAGAUCCGGAUGUCUACGAGAUGAACGUAAUGACGUUUGGAGCAGCCUGCUCGCCGAGCGCUGCGCAUUACGUGAAGACUAUGAAUGCCCUGAAGUAUCGGGAUUCGGAUCCGAGAGCGGUCAAGGCCAUCACCGACUACCAUUAUGUCGAUGACUACGUGGACAGUUUCGCUACAGAGAGCGAGGCUAUCAGCGUAUCUACCCGAGUGAAGGAGAUACACAAGGAUGCUGGAUUCGAAUUAUGCAAGUUUUCAUCCAGCUCACCCACCGUGGAGACGGCUUUAGGACCUGGUCGAGUCAAGAGCGUCGGAUGGGGUGAGGCUGAAGAGAAGAUCCUCGGAAUGCGUUGGCAAGUAGCAACAGAUGACUUCAGAUUCAACGUGGAGUAUCAUCGAGUGCCAAGCAGCGUCCUGAGUGGAGAUCGAGUCCCUACGAAGAGGGAAUAUUUGAGCCUGGUGAUGUCAACGUUCGAUCCCCUGGGAUUCCUGUGCUGCCUCAUGGUUACAGCGAAGCUGCUGCUGCGAGAGAUUUGGAGGCAGAAGAUCCAGUGGGACGAACCACUACCGGAGGAGUUAAGCAAAGCCUUUGCGAUUUGGCGCAAAAAGAUGGACACCGUGGGACAGUUCCGAUGUCCGCGCCAUUAUUUUGGGCGUGGAGCAGUCCGGGCCGUAGAGUUGCACGUCUUCGUGGAUGCUAGUCAGGCAGCAUUCGCGGCGGUGGCCUAUUGGAGGGUCACAUAUGAGGACGACGACGUGCAGGUGAGCUUCGUGAGUGCGAAGACGAAGUGUGCCCCCAUGAGAACGAUGACGAUCCCACGGCUGGAGCUGCAGGCAGCAGUUCUUGGAACCAGGCUGAUGAACACUGUCAAGGAGGAGCACAGUGUGGUCAUCACGGACCUGGUGUUAUGGACGGACUCUAAGACGGUGCUGAGAUGGAUCGGCAGCACCCACCGCCGGUAUAAGCAGUUUGUUGGCAACCGAGUGGCGGAGAUUUUGGAGUCGUCGAAGGUUUCCCAAUGGAGAUGGGUGCCUACAGCCGACAAUGCGGCUGAUGAUGCGACGCGGUCGCAGAAAGGAGUCGACCUUAGCCAGGAAUCAAGGUGGCUAAGAGGACCUGCAUUUUUGAGGCAGCCAGGAGCCAGCUGGCCGGGGCCUGAGGAAGGAACUGAGCGUGUUCCAGAUGCCCCUGAUGAAGAAGAGAUGCCCUGUGAGUUUGCAUUAGUUGCGGCAGACGAUUUUGUUAUUCCGUUUCAGAGAUUCUCGAGCUUCAGUCGCCUGGUGAGGACCACAGCCUGGGUCCUACGGUUUGCGCGAUGGUGCCGCAAACAGCGAAACGAACUCGAGGAAUACGGCCUUACUGCAGCAGAAUGCAAGGCCGCGGAGAACCUGUUGGUCAGACAGGCACAAUUGGAGUCGUUCCCCGACGAGAUGAGGUCGGCGGAAACUGGACAGGACGUCGCUAGAUCGAGCGACAUUCGAGGGUUGGUGCCCUACCUAGACGAGGACGGGAUUCUGCGAGCUUACGGCAGAAUUGAUGCCGCACUGUGCAUCCCGUACAGUGCGAGGAGGCCCGUAUUACUGUCACACAGGCACAGUCUGACAGAGCUGAUUGUGAGGGACUUCCACGCCAGGAUGAAGCAUCAAAAUGUGGAUGCUACGAUUGCGGAGAUCCGGACAAAGUUCUGGGUCACAAAGAUGAGGCGUAUGAUGCGGAGAGUCAUCUCAUCGUGCAACGAGUGCAAGUUGCAGCGAGCGCGGCCGAUGCCGCCGAUAAUGGGACCCCAUCCGGAAGACAGACUGGAUGCGGGUGGAUGGCCAUUCAAAUACACAGGACUGGACUACUUUGGGCCACUGCUGGUGACUGUGUCCCGUCACAAGGAAAAGCGUUGGGUCGCCUUGUUUACGUGUUUGACGACAAGGGCGAUUCACCUGGAGCUGGCGCAUGACCUGUCGACGGAUUCCUGCAUAAUUGCAAUCAGGAACUUCGUCUGCCGUAGAGGGCCAGUAUAUAGACUGCGCAGCGAUAACGGCAAGAACUUCGUGGGAGCUGACAGGGAAGCCAGGCGCUUCGGUGACGUAUUCGAGAUGGAGAAGCUUCAGAGUGAGUUGUCAAGCAGAAGCAUUGAAUGGGUUUUUAAUUGUCCAGCGAACCCGUCUGAGGGCGGAGUUUGGGAGCGCAUGGUGCAGUGCGUCAAGAGAGUACUGCGUCAUACCCUGAAGGAAGUUGCGCCGAGGGACCAUGUAUUGGAGAGUUUCCUGAUUGAGGCGGAGAAUAUUGUAAACUCGCGUCCGCUCACCCACUUGCCUGUGGAUGCGGACCAGGAGGCGCCGUUGACGCCAAACGAUCUACUCAAGGGAGUAGCCAAUCUGCCGGAUACGCCUGGAUUGGAUGCGGAGCUGCCCAAGGAGGGUUCUACGAGGAAGCAGUGGAGGAUUGCUCGCCUGCUACGAGACCGUUUCUGGAGGAGGUGGGUCAUGGAGUACCUGCCUACGCUUGUGCGCCGCGAGAAGUGGUGCCGCCGAACGGAGCCCAUCCACCAGGGUGAUAUGGUCUUCGUCUGCGAUCCUGCCUUGGCCCGACGAGAGUGGCGCAAGGGCAUCGUGGAGGAGAUCUACAGCGGAGCUGAUGGAGUCGUCAGACGCGCUAAGGUGCGCGUGAACGACAACGGCCUAUCUAGGACAAUGAUGCGACCCGUCUCUAAACUUGCAGUUUUGGAUUUGAGUGAAGCGGUUCUUCACGGGGUCGGGGAUGUCGCGGAUCGAAUAUUGUUAUCGAUAGGCUAGUUAGUAUUUUUAAGAAGUCCGAAUGAGGAAGGAUUUGUAAGCCCAUAUGUGUCUGGGCACAUUGUUUUUCGCCAUUGUAAAUUGCCGGAAAAUUAAGCUUUCAUUGUCGUUUAAGAGUUGGAGGACACACUGCGUCUUCCAGAAUAAAACGUGUUCUACUACCACGGAUUAGUCUGCCCUUUCUUUCGGGAACCAAUGCGUGGGGUAGCCGUUUAAGGCAACUCCAUGUGACGAAC